UUCGAACCAGUUUGUUCUGGUUUGAACCUCUGCUGAGAAUUUGCAUUUCUGACAAGUUCCCUGCCGAGAAUUACCUUUCUAACAAGUUCCCAGGAGAUGCUAAUGCUGCUGGUUAGGGACCAAUUCUGAGAACCACUAGUAGAGCAGAGGUUCUCAGAAUGUAUUAUAUGUAAGAAUCACCUGGGGAUCUUGUAAAAAUGUAAAUUUUGAGUCAGUAUGUGUGGGGUGGAAAUGCAAAUCCUCAGCAGGUUCAGAGCCCUGGUUCACAAAACCAAAAAAACCAAACCCAUUGUCAUUGAGUCAGACCUACAGCGACGCUAUAGGACAGAGUAGAACUGCCCCAUAGGGUUUCCUAGGAGCAGCUGGUGAAUUUGAACUGCUGACCUGUUAGCAACUGUAGCUCACCAUAGCUCUUAACCACUGUGCCAGCAGGGCUCCCGUGGUUCACAACAGAGACCUAAUAAGUGUGUGUUGCAGCCAUUUGGGAAGGAGGGUGGUGGGUAAGAGAAUAUAGGGGUGUCCCUACCAGGACUGUGAAGCCUGAAGUGGAGGAGAGGGGGAUCUCCCCGGUUCCAUGGAGGUUCAAAGUGUGGGAACCGGGUGCCCCCUCAGCUGGCCCCAGGCUGGUAGAGAACGGAUUAGGUUGGCAGGGGGCCCAGUGCUGCCUGCUGUUUGGUUUGGGAAUUAGUGGGCGCCCUGGGCAGAGGCUGGGCUUGCCAGACUGGGGAUUAACAGUCUCCACCCCCUGCCAAUUUCUGCCUCCUGAGGUAGCAUUGCCCCUCCCACACAGUGCUGCAGCCGGGGGUUGGGGGGGUACUGACUAGGGGUGGGUUAGCAGAGGACUUGGGACAUGGCCCCUGAGUUCCAUUGUCCGUGGAGAGCUUUCUCACUGAGUGGCUACAGCACGUUUCCUGCCGUCUGAGAUUCAGUCCACUCAUCACUAACUAAAAUGAGGACGUUAAGAAGAGCCACUUCACAGAGCCAUGGCACAAGUCCUCCAAGACAGUGUGCACACUGGAAGGCAUCUGCCCUUUACCCCUCCCUUAUGCCACUGCCUCAGGAGCCCUAUGAUCCCCAAUUCAGAGACCCAGGACUGGGAAUGACCUUGGGCAGCUGCAAGUUCCAAGCUGAAGCUGGUUGUGAGGAGAGGACAGAAGUGGAUGUGAGGACACACAUGAAUCAGGAGGUGGUGGUGAGGUGUGCCAAGGUGUGUGUGCAAGGGGGACUCAGCCACGAGUCUAGCCAUGCCCCCCCUCCCCCACUUGACUGCUGGGUGUGCAAAAGCAGGUACGGGCACGUUGGGGUGAUGCAUGUUAACACUGAGGUACAACCUGGUCCAAAGACCCCAGACUCCUGGCCAAACUGCCUGGCUUCAAAUCCUGACUCUGCCACGAACAAGCUGUGUGUGUCCUCAGCCUGCUUCCCUACCUGGAGCAUCACCUUCAUAACCCUGCUUGUAGGGAUUCAAUGAGGUAGAAUAUGUAAUGCCUCUAGAACAACGCCAGGCAUGUACCAACCAAGAAGCGUUAUUAGUCACUGUUACUAAGUAUGUGUACUAGCCCAGGCAACCUGCCCCUGGGCCCGUGGGGGUUCAGCAGUCAGUGGGUAUGUGUUUGAGCUGGGGGCAGGUGUCGGGGGGGAGAUGAUGAGACAAGCGGGCUAGCUCAGUGAGUGUGAAAACGCUUUACAGGAGGCUGGUCAGAACAGAGCCCGUAAGCACACAGCCUGCCCCCUCCCCAGGUCUGGCAGCUGGUGGCCCUGCCCAGCACCAGCUGGGCCCCCUUUUAUGGGCCAUUCGGCAGCUGGACAGCGGAGGCACGGGUUCGAGGUGGCCGGCCUGGGUGGGUUCCUAAUUACCCCGGGCGGGGUGGACAUCUGCCAGGCUAGGAACGCAGUGUCCUGGCCUGCCAGGCCUCAGGGCGGGGCCGUGGAGACAUCCGCACUGCUAGCAAUUGGGCAGGCACAAGGGAUGCGGGAGCACCCACCUGAGGGCAUUCCUCCCUGGGCUGGCACCCUGAGCCCCUGGCCCCCCAAACCAGUCCGUGCAUUGGAGUAGGUGAGGCUGGGGAUGAGGAUGCUGUUUGUGCCAGGCUGGAGGUGCCUCCUUUGUAGGCCUGUGUGGAGGAGAAACAAGUGUCCCAUAUCCCUGUGGAACGUGAAGAUCAGGUUUUGGAUCCCUAAGCUUGUGUGUUCACGGCAAUGUUGAGCAUCUGAGAGCUAUGAGUGUUUAUGGGUGUGUGUGCACUCAUAGAACAGUGAAAGGAAACAUUGGGGAGGGGAUUGUCUUAUGUAUUGAUAUGCAAAUGCAGGUGAGUUUCCUGAUAGGGGGCUAUGGUCAUGAUCCCGCUCAGAGGUGAACUUCUCCAUCUGCCCUUCUGUGAGUGUGACCCAGGGGACCUCUAGGGCCCACUCUGACUUCGGGACUGUGUGCCACUGUCUUGAGGGGAAGUGUUAGUACAUCUGGUGUCGUUGUGCUGUGGAGAUCAGAAGAAUCACACGUUACUCUCUCAGUGUGAUGGUUUGUGGCUUUGUUGAGGGGAGGUGUUCUGGUGUCUGAGUGUGUAAUGCGCUUGGCUGGCUGUGUGACCUUGUGUGUGUCUUUGUGACAUGGUGUGAUCCUGAGGGAAUGCGAGGCCCCUCCUUUUGUCCCUGCCUGUGUUCUCAUAUCCUGUUUGGAGACUGUCAGUGUGCCUGAGAGCCUGGGGUAUUAGGAUACAUCUGCCUAUAUAUGUUGGGGAGAGGGGUAGAGCUGCGUAUUGGGUGUGUCAUGUGUGAACCUGGAAGUCUGUGACAGUGUGUACCACCAGCUGGGUCACUGUGGUUGUGUGAGACUAGGUUGAGGGAAGCUGAAUUUGUGAUUGUCUAUGGCAUGUUCGUGUGCAUCUUUGUGACAGCAUGAUGACUGUGGAGUGACCCACAGAGAGAGACUCUAGGAGUGGGAAGGAGACAGUCCCUGCCCCUCCGCCAGCUCCAAGAUCCCUGGCCCGACAGCAAGUGGGAGGGUGAUCAGCCAGGCAAUGGAGGGAAAGGCAGACUUCUCCCCCUGCCCCAGGUAACAAACUGACCAGCUUCUCCAAACAAAGUUCCAAGGCUGCAGCUGAAGGGGCGGGCCAGGGAGGGGCCGCCCCUGCCCACUUCCCAGCCCCGUCCAGCUCAGGGUCUGGCUCCAGCCCCACCCAACACUGAAGCCACCCGCCCAUCCUGUCCCUGUCCCUGUGUGUCCUUGCAUUCGCCACCCUCAACACAGGUGAGAAGGGCCCAGGCCUGGGGGGAAAGGGGCACCUUGGGAGCAGAUGGGCCUGCGGGCAGGAAUCCAUCUGGAGUCCUCAGAGUGGAAAGUAGAGAGUUUGGAAGGCCAGAGGGGAGCAAAGAGAGGGAGGGUCAAUGUGGAUUUGGGAAAAGAAGGGGGAAGGGCAGCACAGGCAGUUAAGUGAGAGGUGGAGAAAGCUAGAGCCGCCAAGUGCAGGAAAGGGGAAGAGGGGUCAGCCUGCGGUCAGCCUGCAGCAGUGGGACCGAGGGAUGGGGACAGAGGGUCAGCGCUGUAAAGAGAGUGCAGGGGUAGAGCAUGGGCCAGUACUGAGAGCUGGGGGAGUGGAACCAACCAGAGGGCCAGAGGUGGGGGCUAAGGGAUGGGAACUGGGGGGAGGGGGUCGGAGCCCUAAGCCUAAGUACUGAAGCACUGGGGCGCAGAAAGUGGAGGAGGCUAUAGAUGGCAUCCUGGGGAGGGGCAGGGGAUCAGGUAGAGGGCGCCGCCGCAGCGUCCGCGUGGACUCAUGGCGCUGAGGGAGGGCAGGGUCUCCCGUUGGGCGGUCCUGGGAAGGGGGCUGGGAGAAGCAGGCGCCAGGCUCUGGGACCAGGAGUCCAGGGAAGGCUUCUGAGAGGGGGCUGGAAACCGGGACUGCGGUGUAGGGCGGCCUGAGCAAGACUGGGAGGAAAAGUGAACCUGGACGGGCCGGAGGGGACGGUGCACUCAGUCCGCCCCGCACCUCCGCAGCCCCCAGUUUCUCAGCCCACAGGCCGGGGGCUGGCCCAGACCCCUCUCCUUAGGCCUGGUCCGCCCGACGCCGCGAUGACCGUCACGUACACAGCUCGCGUGGCAAACACGCGCUUUGGCGGCUUCUCGCAGCUCCUACUGCUGUGGCGCGGGAGCAUCUACAAGCUUCUGUGGCGCGAGCUGCUCUGCUUCCUGGGGCUCUACAUGGCGCUGAGCGCUGCCUACCGCUUUGUGCUGAGUGAAGAGCAGAAGCGCUACUUUGAGAAGCUCGUCAUUUACUGCGACCAGUACGCCAGCCUCAUCCCAGUUUCCUUCGUACUCGGCUUCUACGUGACGCUGGUGGUGCACCGCUGGUGGGACCAGUACCUCUGCAUGCCGCUGCCCGACGCGCUCAUGUGUAUGGUUGCGGGCACCGUCCACGGGCGCGAUGAGCGCGGUCGCCUCUACCGGCGUACGCUUAUGCGUUACGCAGGACUCUCCGCCGUGCUCAUCCUGCGCUCGGUCAGCACCGCCGUUUUCAAGCGCUUCCCCACCGUGGACCAUGUAGUAGAGGCUGGGUUUAUGACCCGCGAAGAGCGCAAAAAGUUCGAGAACCUCAACUCAUCCUACAACAAGUUCUGGGUGCCCUGCGUCUGGUUCUGCAAUCUGGCGGCUCAGGCCCGGCGCGAGGGCCGCAUCCGCGACAACAGCGCCCUCAAGCUACUGCUCGAGGAGCUGAAUACGUUCCGGGCCAAGUGCGGGAUGCUCUUUCACUACGAUUGGAUUAGCAUACCUCUUGUGUACACCCAGGUGGUGACCAUCGCAGUGUACAGCUACUUCCUGGCCUGCCUCAUCGGUCGCCAGUUCCUAGACCCAGCGCAAGGCUACAAAGGCCACGACUUGGACCUGUGCGUGCCCAUCUUCACUCUGCUGCAGUUCUUCUUCUAUGCCGGUUGGCUCAAGGUUGCGGAGCAGCUCAUCAACCCCUUCGGAGAAGACGAUGACGACUUUGAGACCAACUUUCUAAUCGACCGCAACUUCCAGGUGUCGAUGCUGGCCGUGGACGAGAUGUACGACGACCUGGCCAUGCUGGAGAAGGACCUGUACUGGGACGCGGCCGAAGCUCGCGCUCCCUACACGGCGGCCACCGCCUUCCUGCUGCAGCAGCCCUCCUUCCAGGGCUCCACCUUCGAUAUCACCCUGGCCAAAGAGGACAUGCAAUUCCAGCGACUAGACGGCGUGGACGGGCCGCUGGGGGAGACGCACGGAGACUUCCUGCAGCGCCUCCUGCCGGUGGCUGCGGGCACGGCCGGAGGCCUGCUGGGCCGGCGCCUGUCGAUGUUGCUUCGCAAGAACAGCGGCGUGUCGGAGGCGUCUAUAGUAGCCAGCUGCGCGUGCGCCACCGCCCCCGAUGGCGCGGCCCAGGACUGCAGCUGCGAGGACCCGCUGCUCGACCCAGGCCUGCGGGAGCCUGAGCCCGAGCUCCCCGCCGGUCCCGAGCUGCCUGUGCCCGCACCCGGGCCUGCCGCCGAACCCUUCACCUUGGUGCCCAUGCCUGGGCCCCGAGGGCCAGCGCCGCCCUGGCUGCCCAGCCCCAUUGGCGAGGAAGAGGAGAAUCUGGCCUGAGACCCUCCGACCUAGGAAGCCCAAGGGCAGAGGAC